AUGCUCCCUCCAUUCGACUACUUUACAUACCGGCGAGUACGCAACCAAAAGCAAGCUGAGCGCGCUGCUCGCUUUGCCUCGUUGCCGUACCCCUACCAUACCAACUUCACCGAUGCCGAUAAGAAGAUCAUUGACCAGCCCAUUGAAGAGUUGGUCCGUGAUAUCCAGGAAUCAACGACUUCUCCCUUGACUGUGCUGCAGGCCUAUGGCAAGGUUGCGGUCAAGGCUCAGGAACGUACCAACUGUAUCACCGAGCUCCUGCUGCCAGAGGCAGAGUCAUGGCUCGAGUCGGAUAUUAACUUGAAGGGUCCUCUGGCGGGUAUCCCCGUCUCACUGAAGGACUCGGUUCAAGUCAAGGGCUUCGAUACUACCCUGGGUUACUCGGCGCUGGCGAAUCAGCCCUUCCGGGAAGAUGGCCCAAUGACCAGGCUGCUGAAGGAUGCGGGAGCGGUCCCGUAUGCAAAGACUGCUCUGCCCAUCACGCUUCUUUCCUUUGAAUCCGCCAAUGGUCUCUGGGGUCACUGCCGCAACCCUCACGUCCCAGAGUACAGCCCCGGUGGUUCAACCGGUGGUGAAGCUGCUCUUCUCGCCCAGGGUGGCCGUAUUGGUAUCGGCUCUGAUGUCGCUGGCUCGGUGCGAGUGCCCGCUGCUUGGAGCGGUAUCUACUCGCUCCGCUGCAGCACUGGUCGCUGGCCCAAGGUCGGCGUCAGCACCAGUAUGCCCGGUCAGGAGGGUAUCCCGAGUGUUUUCAGCCCUAUGGCGCGCACUCUCAAUGAUCUCACAUACUUCACCAAGGCCAUAGUCGGCAUGCAGCCCUGGAAGUACGAUUACACUGUUCACCCCAUCUCCUGGCGCAAGGAGCUGGAGGACGAGGCGAAGAGCAAGUCUCUCCGCAUCGGCCUGAUGAGCACCGAUGGUGUUGUCCCUCCCACACCCGCCAUCGAGCGCGCCCUCUCCACCACCGUCGCCGCCCUAACCGCAGCCGGCCACACAAUCACUGAAAUCACACCCCCAUCCAACGCAGACCCCUUCACAGGCCUAAAUCUCGGCUCCCAACUCCUCAACUCCGACGGCUGCCACCACUUCGAAGCCAACCUCCGCACCUUCGAACCCUCCGACCCAGGCGCAAACCAACUCUCCCGCGUCGCCCAUCUUCCCCGCGCCCUGCGGUACCUCUACUACCUCUACGUGCGCUACAUCAAGCGCGACACCGUCCUCGCAACUCUAAUCAAAGACUUCGGCCCCAAAUCCUCCGCCGCAUUAUGGCCCCUCGUCGCAAAGCGCGAAUCCUACCGCGCAGUCUGGCAUCAAUGGUGGGAUGCCGCCCCGCAACAAUUCGACUUUAUCCUCUGUCCUGCGAACGCGACACCGGCUCUCCCGCAUAAGGCUAUGCAUGACGCUGUCUCGUCGUGCGGGUAUACCUUCUUGUGGAAUUUGUUGGAUUAUUCUGCGGGUGUUUUGCCGGUCGGACAUGUUGAUGCAGUGAGGGAUGCGCUUGUUACGCCGUAUAAGACUGCACUGAAGCGGGUGGGUUGUGAUCAUGCUAUUGCAAGGGGUGCUUGGAAACAUUAUGAUUCGGGGAAGAUGGCGGGUUUGCCGACUGCUGUGCAGGUUGUGGGCAGGAGGUGGCAGGAAGAGCAGGUGUUGGGGUAUAUGGCUGUUGUUGAGAGGGCGUUGGAGGAGUAUCGGGAUCCGAAGACUGGGGUGAGUAGUAAGUAUACUUUGUUGGAGAUUGAUUGA